CUGUAUUUUGGGUGGACACACAGUGAGCGUAGUCGAACUAUUCGAUGGCGUCUUGGUUGGCUACCCAGAGGAAUACCUAAAGUCUGCCCAUAUCAUCUUUAUGUACACUUUAGUCGGUCACAUGCCACUGAAUGCUUGCACAUGCACACUCGUUUAUUCUUGCCACGAUCAAUUGCAGAUCCCCUUUCCUUUCUUUUAAAUCAUUUCCCUCAGCAUAAGUACCAAAAUUCUCAGGAUAUUUCAGUCUGGCUCUAUCGUUGA